AUGAGUAAAGGCUGCUUGACUGUAGCCAAAGAUGUCAGUGAGCAUCCUCUGAUUGGUAAUAUAAUGAGUGAUGAUGAAAGCUUGGCCCGCCAGUUGGUGGAGCUAGGCUACCGGGGAACUGGAGAGAUUCUGAAAAGAGAAGAUUUUGAAGCAAGAAAAGCAGCUAUAGAGAUCGCAAGACUGGCUGAAAGAACUCAGAAAAAGACACUGACAAGUGCCGGUAAAGACCUGCAAGAUAAUUUUCUGAAGGCUCUGGCUGUGAGAGAAGAGGACAAUCGCAAUGGGAAAGUGAGCACCGUGAUCUUCAUUCGUGACAAAAAUGCCUAUGGACAAGAAGUGUCAGGAUACAUUGACUACGCUGACAGGCUAAAGACUGAAGAUUUUGAAGUCUACUUUAGUGGGAAAAAAAGACUCCUUCCACGACCUUCAGAUCUGAGCUUUUACAACUGGGACAGUCAGAUAGCUAUUUGUAAUUCAAGUCCCAAUUAUCAAGUGAUUGAUGACAAUCCAGAUGGCUUACUUUUCAAAUAUAAAAAAGACAGAAAAAUUCUCAGUGUGGAUCCAAAGGGUCAUCCAGGUGAUAACUCUACAAGAACCUCUGUCCAGACAGAUCUCUACAUACAAGCUGUCAUUUUUGACCACAUCUCCAGACGGAAGACUUAAGCAUCAACAUCCUAGAUGUUUUCAUUAUUGUUUGCUAAUUUUAGAAAACUUCUGCAGUUAGCAAUAAAUUAUAAUCAUAA